AUGGCCGCGCAGCAGCACGACGGAGGCGCUACGGACAUCCUCUCGCUACUAUCCGUUUGGAGCAGCAACUUCACCACUCAGACCACAAAGGCCUUCAGCGAGCUACGCGUUUACGACUACAUCCGCCUCGUCACCAUCAUCGGCGCGUAUUGCCUGCUGAGACCUUACUUGAUGAAGCUGGGAGCGCAUCUUCAGAAAAAGCAACACCAAGCCGACUCGCAAUCAGACCAAAUCGAAGCUAGCGCAACUUUAUCGGCGAACGACCUGCGCGGAAGGAAAAAGCAGCCCAAGAUCGCGAUACCAGGCGUCGACAGCGACAGCGACAGCGAGGACGAAGACAAGGAUGACUGGGGCCGCGCGGCCAGGCUUCGCCAGCGCAAGUUCGUCCGCCAGAUGCUCGAAGCCCACGAGCAGAAACUGCGCGAGGAAGCCGAGGCCGAUAGCGACAAAGAGAUAGAGGAGUUUCUGAUCGACUGA